GACCUCAUGCUGCGUCUGGCUGCUUAACUCCUAUUUGCUUUGGAUAUUUAAUUUGGUGAUUUAACCAUUUCAUUAAACGUUGAUUUGGGCUCUGCCACUAGAGAACCCAGUCAAGCAAUGACAACUGCGAUCACCCUCAUUGACUUGGCCAAUUUAUCUAUUGGCACACCAGAGGUAGGGGCAAUUAAUUUUAAUGCCCUCCACACCCUCCUCCAUGCUAUAAUCAAGCAUUUGAAUAUACAGGAUAUGAAAACAGAAAUGCUAGGGGAGGAGAUGGGUCCUAAUAAACCCCUGGGUAUGUGCUCAAAGGCUGAGAAUGGUAAAGGGGCACAGGUUUAUCUCCCGAUGGAACAGAAGAUGCAGGAGAUCGAGAGACAGUUGGAGGCACUGAACAGCCUGCCCAGUGGAUCUGAUCUCCUGGAGAGGACCAAGGCAGAGGGACAGCUGGCACUCAGCACUCCAUUGGGUGAUAUGUGGCAGAUGAUGCAGAUGAAGAAGAGGAUUGAGACAAAUGAAGAUGGGAUUUCUAAGGUCAUGGAGCUGCUGGAGGAUCUACUACAUGAGAUUAACAUUCUCAAAGAUACAAGAAAAGAUGUGGAGAACCAGCUGCAGAAAAUGACAGAUGAAGUGGCACUGGGUGGUCUGAAGGACCUUCAGGAACGCUUGAGUCAGCUGGAGGAGCAGAACACCGCAACACAAGAUAUGGAAAUACUGCAGAAACAGAUGGAUCUCAUUCAGCAGAGGGUGAGUCAUCUGGAGCAAAAGCUGGCAACCUUUCCUAGCUCGGAGCAACUGCACAACAUGGUGGGGUGGGAAGUAUUACAUGAGACUCUCGUGAGACCACAAGUUACUAAGGAUGCUCAGUCUUUGCUCACUACAAUAAGCAAACAAAAGUAUUCUCGGUCUGAGCCCAAGCAUAAUGGUUCCUGUGAUAGUCUGCAGCAGAUUACACAAGAAGUCUCAUCUCAACCCGUCCUGCAGCAGGGUAAUCAAAAUGAUGUACACCAGGGCCUUCAAAAGACGUCCACCCGAGAAUAUCAACUGGGCGUCCAAAAGAGUCCUCAGCAACCUCCCAGUGAUUCAAUUCCUACUUGUCAAAACGACCCAAAUGGACUAAGUGCCGCUGCUGCUAAACUUGAAUCUACUAACCUACCAGGUUUUUCUGGAGUUAGUCCAAUUUCACAGGACUCUGCGACUCAAGAAAAUCCCAAUGAGCCUACUAGCAUGGAUCAACCAACUCAAGAUCAUAAAAGUAACGCCCAGUCCGAUUGUAACCCUUACUUGUAUGUAAAAAAAUCUCUACCCACCACCCCUCCAUCUUCCUCUGACAGCAGCAGUGCCUCUAAACCCUAUGCAGACACAGUGGAGGCUCUGCGCAAAAUUGGAGCUCUGACAGAACAACAUGCGGUCCUACUAGAGAAAAUAAGGGCACUAGAACGAGACAAGGCUGACCAGGCAGAUAUGAUGAUGCUGCGUGUAAAAAUAGAUGGAUGUGGUUUCAUUGAGACAACAGAUAGAUUAUCCGAUGUUCAAGAGAAACUAAAGUUGCUUCAGAAGAAUAUGCAAGACCUGAAAAUGGAGAGGGAGAAGAAUCUGGAGUUGAUUGGACACAUCCAAAAUACUAUGCUGCAUCUACAGGAAGAGUGUGACAAGCUGACCAUGACCACAAGCAAUCUGAUCGACAACCGCCAGCAAGAGCAAAGACAUAUCAAGAAGAUUUUAUGUCAAUCAAUGGAGAAUCUAGAUGAGGAGAAAGCAGACAAAGAACAUACUGAGCUCCAGACAGAAGUGAAAGCAGAUGAACAGCCCCCAGAUGCGAAAGUGAGUCGCAGCCAGUUUGAUGCUACUGCUGAACAACUCAACAGCAUGAUCCAGGAUCUCCUAAGCAGAGUGAACAUGCAGGAGCAGGACUGGCAGAGGAUGCUGGAGAAGAUCAACCUGGAGAUGCAGAAUAAACUGGACCGUAUAGAGCUGGAUCCAUUUAAAAAGAAACUUGAGGAGCGAUGGAAGGUUAUCAUCCGGCAGUUGCAGGAGCGGCAACCUAAGUGCGAGUCUGAUGAAGCUGCUGGUAUCCGCAAGCAAUUAAUUGCCCAGUUUCACUGCAUUUCCUGUGAUCGCCCUGUGGAAAUGAUGGUGCCAGGACCGCAAGUAAUAACCAUCCCAAAUACCCCUGCAUUCCCAGCACAUCGUUCCAACCGACCAUACACAGUGUAUGAACUGGAACAGAUACGUCAACAGAAUCGCAAUGAACGGUUUCCAGAGUUGAAUGAUUUCAUGUCUGGCACCAGGAGCUGUGGUGGGAGUCAUACUUUGACCUUGCCACAUCGGCGCUAUGUUAAACUUCAGAGCAUAAUUCGCACCUCCAUGGAUGAAGACAUUUUGGCAUCGAUCCCUAAGCAAACAGAAGUUGACAUUCUGGGUUUUGAUGGUCACAUCUACAAGGGCAGGAUGGACACUUGCUUCCCAGCCAUUUCCUCCAAAGACGGUGUACCCACUGUACUAAAGGCUAGAAAAUAUUAUCAAGGCUCUCAAAAGUAUCUGCCAGCGUUUGACGGGUAUACGCCACCCUCUCGCCCUCAGAGUGCCAAGAGCACAGGGAGAAGCCAAACUGCUUUGUUUCAGGUCUCAAAAGAUCUUACUUCUUCAGCCUCACCAAGCCUCCAGCAGCCUAAUGCCCUUACUGGAACUCAUCACACCUUGACAAUUAAUAUGGAUGUGAAUUUAAAUCAGCAGCAAGCAGAUGGAUCAGUGAUGUAAAAGAAAAGCCCCUGUGCAACAGAAUCUGAUUACAGAUCAGGACUGUAGUAUUUUAAUCAUCUACCCAUGAUGUAAUGGUCCUGCCAUCUCACUUGUCAUCGCUGAAUUAACCAAUGGGCUAAGGAGGGGGGUGAUCACGUGGCCCACUUACACAAAUAGAGGGUGUUGGAGUAUGGGAUAGAAAUACUGGCACAAUAGCUAUUGAUUUAGCAUAAUUAGAAUUAAUAGAUUGUAAAAUAAAAUGAUUUUCUGUUAAUGUGUAUCCACCACAUAUUUUCAGUUCGUUAUACUGGAUUACCUGGUGUAACAGUGAUUAAAAUAAGCAUGCCUAUAUACCCUG